GAGUUCCAGCAUAAAAACGAAACUCACUGCUAACAACACUCGGGACUACGCCUCCAGAAAACAUGUUGUUUCGUUUAAAUGCCUCCUCCAGUGAAGUGUAGGGUUUAAAGAGAACAUCCCUCCGCUGCGGCUGGAUGCUUCCUUCACUUUUCACGAUGGACUUGAAGACUUAUGCCAGCAGCUCCCCGGAUGAAGCCAGGGUGAAGAGAGGCUUUGACCAAAAGGUGUUCGUCAACAGAAGUCUGACGCUGGAAAACAUCAAAUGCUACGGCUUCGACAUGGACUACACGCUGGCGGUUUACAAGUCCCCUGACUACGAGAGCCUGGGCUUUGAGCUGAUAAGAGACAGAAUGGUGUCCAUUGGAUAUCCUCAUGAGCUCCUACGAUACACAUACGACCCCAGCUUCCCCAUACGAGGUUUAGUGAUCGACACCACAUAUGGGAACCUCCUGAAGGUGGACUCCAACGGGAACAUUUUAGUUUGCAGUCACGGCUUCUGCUUCCUUAAGGGAGAAGACAUUCACAAGUACUACCCCAACAAAUUCAUUCAGAGAGAUGACACAGAUCGCUUUUACAUCCUCAACACACUCUUCAAUCUGUCAGAGACAUAUAUCUACGCCUGCCUUGCCGACUUCUUCACCAGAUGCACCAGAUACACAAACCUCCUGAAAGGUUACCAGCACGGAGACUUGUUCAUGUCCUACAGGAGCAUGUUCCAGGACGUUCGAGACACCAUGGACUUCAUUCACGAGACGGGAACCCUGAAAGAACGAACUAUCAAGAAUUUGGAGAAGUACGUAAUCAAAGAUCCAAAUAUUCGUGUUCUCUUGUCUCGGAUUAAAGAGGUAGCCAAGGUUUUUCUUGCCACCAACAGUGACUACGGCUACACUGAGACCAUUAUGAAAUACCUGCUUGAGGAUUAUAUCAAGACUGGAAAUCCGAAAACGUCCUGGCGCUCCUUCUUUGACCUCGUGGUCGUGGACACCAGAAAACCUCUGUUCUUCGCUGAGGGGACGGUGCUGAGACAAGUGGACACGAACACAGGAAAGCUUCGGAUCGGGACGUACACAGGCGGCCUCCAGCACGGCACCGUCUACUCCGGAGGAUCCUCGGACAUUGUGUGUGACCUGCUGGACGUCAAAGGUAAAGACAUUCUCUACGUUGGAGAUCACAUCUUUGGCGAUAUCCUGAAAUCUAAGAAGUGUCAGGGCUGGAAAACCUUCCUGGUCGUGCCAGAGCUCUCCAAGGAGCUGCAGGUGUGGGAGGAGAAGAAAAAUCUGUUUGAGGAGCUGAAACGGCUCGACGUCUUCUUAGCUGAAUUCUACAAGCACAUGGACAGCGGCAGUCGAGAAUGUCCCGACAUCAGUGAUAUUCAGACACGAAUGAAGGUGUUGACCUACAGGAUGGACAUGUCCUACGGUCAGAUGGGCAGCCUCCUGCGCAGCGGCUCCCGACAGACGCUGUUCGCCAGCCAGCUGAUUCGCUACGCAGAUCUGUACUCGUCCUCCUUCAUCAACCUGCUGCACUACCCCUUCAAUUACCUCUUCAUGGCUCCCCCUGUCCUGAUGCCCCAUGAGGUAGCAGCUCAAAACUCGGCCGACUUUGCUUCAUCAGAGCUCUCUGCCGUCACCAAAGGCUGAGGACUGAGAUGAGACAGAAGAACAAACGACCUCCUACAUGUUACAGUCUUCAUUUUGACUUUUGCUGGUGGAGUUUGUUGCAGCUAUGACUCGUCUACUUUAACACACAACUCACCUACUGCUCCCCCCACUGGACAUGAAAUACAUUCCUGUGCAACACUUACCAGACAAAUCCACGAGCGACGCUGUGAUGAGAUUUUAUUUUAUAGGGUUAUUUUAUAUAAGAGUGACAACUUUUGUGAACUUUUCAUGUGAUGUUUAAGAAGUGAUGUAUUUGUUAAAUUUCUGUUAAAUUAUUCCAAUAAAUUGUAUUUGAAGGACGAUAACUUUUACCAAGGCGCAUUUGUUGUUAGAGGAUCUCAGCUGAUGUUGAAGGUCCAGUGGGUAAGAUUUAGAUGAAAGGGAUCUUUUGGCAGAAAUUUAAUAGAAAAUAAUCUGUUUUCCUUUGUGUGUUUCAUCCAAAUUGUACAAAUUGUUGUUUUCUUAACUCUAGAAUGGGCCUUUAUAAUUAAAUACUUAAUAUUUAAAUCAGGAGUGGGUCCAUUCUACGGAGGCCUCCAUGUUAUUUACAGUGGCCCAACCGGGACAAACUAAACACCUUUUGAGUUUUAAGGCAACUGAAGGCUGCCACUGGUUCUCUGUCAUGUUUGCAAGGGGAUGGGGGAGAUGAGGUGGUAUUCAGCUGCAACACGCAACUUCACCACUAAAUGUCACUAGAUUCUACAAACUGAACCUUUAAAAGACAUGUCAAUGUUUUAUCCUUUUUCUAUAUCGCUUCUCCUUUGAGGGGUCGGGACAAGCUGGAGCCAAUUCCUGAAAAAGAAUGUGUUUUGUGGAUUACUCUGAGUCACCAGGAAACUGUAUAUACCUGUUGCUGUUAUAAGUUCUCUCUGAGUGCCAAACACAAAAACCCACACCUCUCCAACCUGGGUUCACAAAAUCAAAGAAACAAAAGUUGGGAGGUGCUAAAGGCAAGUUGGAGAAUUUUGUUUCACCCUUUUGUGUGAACUAUACCUUUAAGGUUUCCGUUGCCAUUACAUUGGUUGUCCACUGGAUGGCAGCGAAUCACCUCUGCAUCCAAGUGUGUGAAAUGACUGAAAGAGUCAAGAUUAUUUUUAUUCUCUACAAAAAAAGAUCAAAUCUCCCAUGAAUCCCCAGGGGGACAGUAAACACUGUGAAUUCAGCAGCUCCUCUCUGAAAGGACUUACACCAGUGUGUGUUUUUGUAUUUAUCUAAAUCUAAUUUGGCUCCUUGAAGCAUCUCCUGGUACCGGGGGACUAAACUAGUGUCUUCACUCAUCAACAAAAGCAGUGAAAUAACCCAGAUGUGAUAUUUGUGCUGCUUCUAACACGUGAACCCUGGUAUGCACUCGCACACACACACGGAAACACACACAAACCUGUGAAUUGUUGUAGUUCACACACUGUGUAUUUGCCCCUUGUUCUGUCUGUGGAUCAGACAAUCCUACUCCCACAAGACUGAGGCUUUAUCAAGAGAUAGCUCAGAGGAAUGUGUUGUCUCUCUCUCUCUCUUUCUCUCUCUCUCUAAACACACACCCACACACACUAUGAUAUCAGCACUCACUUGCGUUUAUCUGUAAGUUGUGUUGUUUCUUUGAACAGGAAAUACACAUUGUCCUUGCAGGGCUGAGGUGUGACGAGAAUCCCACUUUUCCGUCACAUGUAUUAAACUCUGUAGAAAAUCUUCACAGGUGAAGAAGAGGAGGAGGAGACGGAGAAGAAAACUUCGGGGAUCAGGAAGAAGUUGAAAACAAGGUUUAAGUUUAGCUUAAAGAAAGAAGAAGUGUCAUUUUAUUCAUGUGAAAUGUGACAUUUGUGUGUUUACUGAGAAGUUUGCAACAACUGCUUUUAAAAAUAACAUUUCAGAUAAUUCAAUGACGUGUUUAUGUGAUUCACGCAACUGUUAAAGAAUUAAUUCAUGGUCCAACUUAACUAUUCUUUUUCAGUUUGGAUUUUAAGACACUUGCUUCUGCACAGCUCUGCUCUUUCAAAUAAAACUUGAGAGGAAGUCCAAAUUAGGAAACACCCACUGCAUUUUAUUGGCACCUCCUCCUCCUUAUACACACACCCACACAAAGACACACACACACACUCACACACAUGCGUUCCCCAGAUGAUUUCAUUUCCUGAAUGAGAGCUAUUUCAGUUUAUUUGGAUUUCCCUUGUCAUUGUCUGCCUGUCACCUGUAUUCAUUGUUGAUCUGUUACUUGUUUUUCUUCUCUACUCAAUCAGUUGUGUUUUAUUUUCUCACCUGAACAAAUCCUCAGAGUUCAUCUGUCCCGGCUGCUUUUUAGUCCACUUUUUUUUAGACCAAUACGUUCAUU